AUGGAGUCUUCUGCUCUCCUCCCUGCUCAGGUGUCGGGGAGCACCACCCGGGAGUCUCCCAGGGCUCUCUUUAUUUCCUCGGGCUCCGUCAUGUCGUGCUUCACGCAGCUGUGGCACUCCAACACGCCGGAAUCUCCCACCAGCCCAGUCCCUGCAUCUCCAAGUGAAAUCCCCAUCCCCAUCAGCCCCAUCAUCGUCACCUCCCCAGGAGAUGGCAAGAGGAAGGCGAGGUCCCCAACCGACAAGCCAGGCUCUCCCAACCCCACGUCUCCAAAGCCAGCGUCCCCGGUGGAGUGUUCCAUUUGCUUCAACACCUACGACAACACCUUCAAGACGCCCAAGCUGCUCCAGUGCUCCCACGUUUUCUGCCUGGAAUGCGUGGCCCGCCUGAGCACGGGGCUGCCCCAGAACCAGCCAGAGGACCAGCUCCCCUGCCCCUUCUGCAGGCAGCUGACCAGCAUCCCUCUGGAAGGAGCCCCAGCACUGGAGACCAGCAAGGAGCACCUCGCCACGCUGCCCCCCGAGCUGCAGCAGGAGAAGGUCCUCUGGAUGGAGGGCACCAAGCUCUGCUGCCGCCAGGCAUCCGACGACCCCGAGAACCCAGACUCGUGUAUCUCCAUCGACGUUGCCAUGAGCAAGCCCGAAAGCUCGGAGGCCCCUCCGACAGGCUUGGCAGGGAGGCUGUCCCGCUGCGACAUGUGCGACGACUGGAAGCGCAUCGUCCUCCUCUCCGCCCUCAUCAUCAUCCUCUUCUGCAUCAUCCUGUGGCCGGUCCAGUGCGCCCUCAAGACGGGCAACCUGCGCUGCUUCACCAGGACUGUUGCCAUGACCAGGCCCGAGUAUCUCCCCCCGAAACACACCACCCCAGCAGCGCCCGUGACACAGCACCCCUUCCAGUAGCAGCCCUGGCAGCACGGUGGGGAGCCACGAGCAGCCCCUUCCC